CCGCGUCCGCGAUAACGGCAUCACUGAAGUGAGCGCGCUCGCGUGCGCGUGCGUUGCUCCGCAGCGGUUGCCACGGGGCGGCGCUGGUCCCCCCUCCUCCUCCGCUCUUGGAACAGCUGGUCCAGCCGGGACGUACCAUUGCGACGGACGGGGGGGGGAGAAACGGGAGAGAAGAAAAGAGGACGGGGAAGGGGGCGGAGUUGCCCUUGCCUCGCUGCAGGCAGGGCGCAGAGAAACGUCGGAGCGGGAGGCAGCGCGUCUCUCUCUCUCUCUCGCUCGCUUUUCCGCCUCUUCCUCCAGCUGCUGGGGGCGUUGGUACGGCCCACCCUUCCCCCGUUCGGUGCUGCAGGGAAGGGGAAAGCGAGACCGGCUGGGGCGGUGGCUGGCGGUGGCUGGCGGUGGCUGGGGCUGGGCUGUCAGGACAAUGGCGCUGCUCCCCUCGAGGAACCACCUGCUCCUGCCCCCGGCCCGAAGGGGGUACAUGAAGGCCCGAGGCGGAGCCCAGCCAAGCGUCAGUUGUAGCCGCCUUCGACAAGUUCAGAACAUUCUGACACAGAGCAGCAAAUCCCAGCCGGAUGGAAUCCUGUGCAUUUUGGGAAUUGAUAGCCGGUACAAUGAAGGCUGCCGGGAGCUGGCAAACUAUCUUCUCUUCGGCUUGUAUAACCAGAACAACAAUGAAUUUGAAAGGUCGGGGUUUCCUGAAGAAGUCCUUGAUGAUGUGAUCCUAUUAAUAAAGCCGGACAGUGUCCAUCUGUACUGCAACCCUGUCAACUACAACUAUCUUCUUCCAUACGUAGCCUUUUGGAGAAACCUGCAUUUCCACUGCCUGACUGAAAAUGAGUAUGAAGAUGAAGAGGCUGCCGAAGAAUUCAAGAUUUCCAGCUUUGUAGACAUGGUUCGUGAUUGCAGCCGAAUUGGCAUUCCCUUCAGCUCGCAAGGACAUCUGCAGAUAUUUGACAUGUUCAUUGUGGAAAAGUGGCCGAUAGUGCAGGCCUUUGCCCUGGAAGGAAUAGGUGGCGAUGGCUUCUUUACAAUGAAAUAUGAGCUAAUGGAUGUCAGUGUGGAUCUGUGGAAGACUUAUAGCAAAAUGGAUCCUAUUUCUUUGGAGAGUUUACUUUAUGAGGAUUUGAUGACUUUUGAACAUCAGUGGACCAAUUUCUUUGCCAAUUUCGACACUGAAAUUCCUUCCAUCCUAGAGCUGUCAGAGUCGCAGGCAGGAGAGCCUUUCCGAAGUUACUUCAGUCAUGGGAUGAUUUCCAGCCAUAUAACGGACAACAGCCCCAGCAGGCAGCCAUUUGUACUGUUUGGCACCCAUUCAUCGAAAGAGAAUCUGAACUCUGGCAACUUCAAUUUCCCUUCUGAGGGGCAUCUGCUUCGCAACACGGGCCUUGCUGGGAGCACUGCCAAACACAUGGUAGUGCAGUGUGUCUCCCCCAAGGGACCGUUGGCUUGCUCAAGGACCUAUUUCUUUGGAGCCACUCACACUCCUUACCUUGGCAAUGAUAAUGAGAUGGAAAAGAAAGCUGAACAAGUUAAGCUGCUGUCUCAAAUCUAUGCUGCUGUUGUAGAAGCUGUUCUGGCUGGUAUAGACUUCUAUUCAAAAACAUCCAGUACCAGCAAGGCAAAGGAAGCAGCAGAGCAAACUUUCUUCAAUGUCCUAGACGCCUUGGAACUUACUUACUUUAAAACUCCACUGCGCACCAGAAUAAAUUUUCAGAUCCAAGCUGUGAAUAACCAUGGAAGAAUUAUUCUACUGGAUAAUGAGGAUAGCCUCUACUUAGUGAAAACAAUGUCCAUGACUGUAUAUGACAUUCCAGACUUACUAGGCGGAAGGGGCUGCCUUGGGUCGGUGGUCUUCUCAGAAUCUUUCCUGGCAUCACAGAUUCUUGUGAAAGAAAAAGAUGGCAGCAUUAACACAGAAACCAGCUACAUCAUUCUCACUGCAGCUAUCCCAAGAUCGGUUUCUUGGCUGGUUGAAGAUAAUGAGGUAAAGCUGUCAGAGAAGGCCCAGCAAAUCCUGAAGGAAGAAGAAUCCUUCCUGGGGAGCCUCCUGACUGGAGGCGAUGGAGCCUACAUUUCUUCUAGCAAUUCCCUAUGUAGGCCAGAAGAGGGUAAACUCUAUUUCUUCUCUGAGGGCCUUCUGUUCUGCCAUCCGCACUAUGGGAGCAUCACCAUUUCCAAGACCCACAUGACAUCCAUCAGGUUCUACGAUGGGGACUCCACAAGUGUUGUUGCCGCUCUCCUUAUAGACUACAAAAGCUCCCUGCUUGCUCACUUGCCAGUCCAGCUCCAUACCCCAGGCAACUCUCUGAUGAUCAUACUUUUCCCAAAGUCCAAGGUUUAUAAAGCUUUCUACUCACAGGUUUGCUCUGUCUGGCAACAACAAGGGAGUUCGGGAGUAACUUUAAAGAUGACCCAAGAUAGCUGCCUGCCUGUCGAACAAGAGAGAUUGCAUUCCAACAUGCAGAAACUGUUCAACAUCUUGUCCUAUCCCCCUGGGGAAAGAUGGAACCAGCUAAGAAUAUCUAUAAGUCUCCCAGAUCUGGACAGAUUUGUACAGCACUUUACGGUCAGCAGUGUAAGCCGUGAGCCUGUGAUGAGAGCCCAUUUGCCAAUGUUGCUGCAGCAGUCCAAAACCAUUCCUGAUAAUGAGGCAGAGAAUGAUAAGGUGAUGAUCACCAUCUUGACAGGCCUCCCAGGAUGUUACUCAAGUGAUCUCUGCUCUUUCCUGGUUACUUUUAACAAAGAAUAUGGAAGGUGGCUUGUUUAUCGCCAAACCAUGGACAGCCCUGAAUGUUUCAGCGCAGCCCAUUUCCAGAAGUACCUGGCCAGCGUUCUCGAAUCCCAGCACAACCGAAGUGCCCGUCCCUCAGCUUACAACAGGAAAAAAAUCAGGUUGCUGGUGGUUCUCCAAGGAUACACGGAUGUGAUUGACAUUGUGCAGGCCCUUCAAACUCAUCCAGAUGCUGACGUGAAGGCCUCUUUUGUCAUUGGAGCGAUCACGACUUGUGUCGAACCACUUAGUUGCUAUAUGGAGCACAGGUUUCUUUUCCCCAAGUUGUUGGACCAGUGUUCACAAGGUUUGGUGAGCAACGUGGUCUUCACAAGCCAUACCACCGAGCAGAGGAACCCUCUCCUUGUUCAGCUCCAGAACCUCAUCCGAGCCGCAAACCCCGCCGUUUCAUUUAUCCUGGCAGAAAAUGGGGUUGUGACUAGGAAUGAAGACAUUGAACUAAUCCUCUCUGAAAACAGUUUCUCGACUCCACAGAUGCUGACAACUCGCUACUUAACAUACCCUGGCUGGUAUGAGGGCAAAUUUCGUGCUAGUUCAGUCUUUCCCCCGAUGGUUCAGAUCUGUGUGUGGUUUAACCGUCCUUUGGAGAAAAUGCGGUUUGUGGCCAAAUGUAAAGCACUGAAGUCCUCCCAUAAGCAGAGUCCUUUCUCUGGAAAUAUUUACCACAUUUUGGGGAAAGUUAAGUUUUCAGAUUCAGACCGGAUGGUAGAGGUCUGCCACAACACAUCCUCCAACAUGUUAAGCCUGGUGCCUGUUCAGGAGGGUCCAGCUCCUUCCCCUCCUCCUGACGCAAGAAGCGGCAGCCGAGACCACGGUGGGCCUCAGGAGUGCUUCCUGGUCUUCGUUGGCUGCUCCCUCCGAGAAGAUGACAUGAAAGACUGGCUGAGACAAACAGCGAAGCAAAAACCACAGAGAAAAGCUCUGAAAACUCGGGGCAUGCUGACCUCACAGGAGAUCAAGAACAUCCACGUGAAGCGCCACUUAGACCCACUUCCAGCUGGCUACUUCUACAACGGGACGCAGUUUGUGAACUUCUUUGGUGACAAGAUGGAUUAUCAUCCAUUAAUGGACCAGUUUAUGAAUGACUACUUGGAGGAAGCGAACCGUGAGAUUGAGAAGUACAACAGAGAGGUGGAGGAGCUGGAAUUCCAUGACCUCUUCGAGCAGAAGACCUAAGUGCGGCUUCCCGCCUGUGCAGGAGCACAGGAACAUCUUUCAAAUAGGAACUCAUUGUCAGUGACCGAGAAACACUUUAUCUCCUUGCUGACUUACAGGAAAGUAAAAUCAUCUGUUUUCAACUGUUCUUUUAAUAUUCACUCUACAUUCAUGUACAGCUGCCUUUUUUUUUUUAAUCUGACUGUCCAAGCAGCAUUCAAGUGCUAUAAUGGAUUUUCACGUUAAUAUUGAGUUCUGAGACCUAGAAUUCGCUUUGGCUUAAAGUGGAAAUGAGAUUUAGGGUUUCUUCUUCUUCUUUGUUUUUAACUACUUUACAAAGCUUUAUUUCCCAGUUUAUGAAGCUGGUCCUGACUGUAGUUCUUCUGAUGUCCCACAAUGCCCCUGUUGAUGUUCAGAUUUAAGGGGAAAGGAUUCAGGGUCAUAGUACACCUUUCUGUCAACAUGUAAGCCUUAUGUGUUCCCAAAGCGAGAAAUGGGGGGACACAAGCGCUCUUGAGGGCUGCUCUCAACCAGCAUGGUGGUUUUGGGGGUGUUCCCAAAGCGAGAAAUGGGGGGACACAAGCGCCCUUGAGGGCUGCUCUCAACCAGCAUGGUGGUUUUGGGGGUGUUCCCAAAGCGAGAAAUGGGGGGACACAAGCGCCCUUGAGGGCUGCUCUCAACCAGCAUGGUGGUUUUGGGGGUGUUCCCAAAGCGAGAAAUGGGGGGACACAAGCGCCCUUGAGGGCUGCUCUCAACCAGCAUGGUGGUUUUGGGGGUGUUCCCAAAGCGAGAAAUGGGGGGACACAAGCGCUCUUCAGGGCUGCUCUCAACCAGCAUGGUGGUUUUGGGGGUGUUCCCAAAGCGAGAAAUGGGGGGACACAAGCGCUCUUCAGGGCUGCUCUCAACCAGCAUGGUGGUUUUGGGGGUGUUCCCAAAGCGAGAAAUGGGGGGACACAAGCGCUCUUGAGGGCUGCUCUCAACCAGCAUGGUGGUUUUGGGGGUGUUCCCAAAGCGAGAAAUGGGGGGACACAAGCGCUCUU